AUGCACGCGUGCCCCGCGGACACUCGGAGCAGGGGCCCCCCCAGGUGGGUUCACCGUCUCGCGGUCCCGCGGAGGCGCACGGGGCCAGGUGACCGGCGGCCGGGCGCGGCGGUGGCGAUUGCCCGCGCCGCCUCGAGGGGGCCCUGCGGCGGGCGCGGCCGCGAGCCAGGAGGACGGCCCGCCCGCGCUGCCGCCGCGCUGCUCGGCGCCCGGCCUGCUGCGGCCAUCGCCCCGCGGGACCCGCCGCUCGCCCAGCCAGAAGAGUUACCGAGCCUGCACAGCUUUAAGAGCACAGCCUUCAAAAAACCCAAGGUGUGCGGGGUUUGCAAGCAGGUUAUUGACAGCCAAGGAAUUUCAUGCCGAGCCUGCAAGUAUCCCUGCCACAAGAAAUGUGAAGCCAAGGCUCCGGGGGGCUCUGCACCGUCUGCUGCUGUCUGCCGUGCCGGGCCGUCCAGGCCCGUGGUGCUGAGCCCCGCCAUGGAGGACGGCCGCGAGCUGGACCUCACCUACAUCACUGAGCGCAUCAUCGCGGUGUCCUUCCCCGCCAGCUGCUCCGAGGAGUCCUACCUGCACAACCUGCAGGAGGUGACGCGCAUGCUGAGGUCCAAACACGGGGACAACUACCUGGUGUUAAACCUUUCCGAAAAGAGGUACGACCUUACGAAGCUUAACCCAAAGAUUCUGGACGUGGGCUGGCCCGAGCUACAUGCGCCACCCCUGGACCAGGUGUGCACCGUCUGCAAGGCGCAGGAGUCCUGGCUGAACAGUGACCCCCAGCACGUGGUUGUCAUCCAUUGCAGGGGCGGAAAGGGACGCAUUGGCGUGGUGAUAUCGUCGUACAUGCACUUCACCAACGUGUCGGCCAGCGCCGACCAGGCCCUGGAUAGAUUUGCGAUGAAGAAGUUCUACGAUGAUAAAGUUUCAGAUUUAAUGCAGCCGUCCCAGAAACGGUAUGUUCAGUUCCUCAGCGGGCUCCUGUCGGGGACGGUGAAAAUGAACACCUCGCCACUGUUCCUGCAUUUUGUCAUCCUGCACGGCACUCCCAACUUUGACACGGGCGGAGCGUGCCGGCCCUUUCUGAAGCUCUACCAGGCCAUGCAGCCCGUGUACACAUCGGGGAUAUACAACAUCGGCCCGGGAAACCAAGGCAGGGUCCACAUCGCCAUCGAGCCGGCCCAGCUGCUGAAGGGGGACAUCAUGAUCAAGUGCUACCACAAGAAGUACCGUUCGGCCACCCGCGACGUCAUCUUCCGCCUGCAGUUUCACACCGGGGCCGUCCAGGGCUGCGGGCUGGUGUUCGGGAAGGAGGAUUUGGACACCGCCAGCCAAGAUGACCGUUUUCCUGAUAACGGCAAGAUUGAGUUAGUUUUCUCUGCCACUCCUGAGAAGAUUCAAGGCUGUGAACACUUGUGCAAUGACCACGGAGUGAUCGUGGACUUCAACACGGCAGACCCCCUGAUCCGCUGGGACUCAUACGAGAGCCUGAGUGCCGGCGGAGAAGUGCCGCACAAGCAGGGCCCGGUCGAUGGCAGCCUGUAUGCCAAGGUGAGGAAGAAGAGUGCCUCAGAUCCCGGCGUCCCAGGCGGGGCCCCGGCCGUCCCCGCCGCCACCAGCCCAGACCACGGUGACCACACCCUGUCCGUCAGCAGCGACUCUGGCCACUCCACAGCCUCCAUCAGGACUGACAGGACGGAGGAGCGGCUGGCUGCGGGGCCCAGGCGGGGCCUCAGCCCCCAGGAGAAGGCCGAGCUGGACCAGCUGCUCAGCGGCUUUGGCCUGGAAGAUUCCGGAAGCCCCCUCAAGGAUAUGACCGAUGCUCCCAGCAAGCACAGCGGCACACGCCACGUUGUGCCGGCUCAGGUGCACGUGAACGGAGACGCCGCGCUCAAGGAGCGGGAGACGGACAUCCUGGACGACGACAUGCCCGGCCACGACCUGCACAGCGUGGACAGCAUCGGGACCCUGUCGUCCUCAGAGGGACACCAGUCGGCCCACCUUGGCCCCUUCGCCUGCUACCAGAGCAGCCAGAACUCCCUCCUGUCCGACGGCUUUGGCAGCAGUGCUGGCGAAGAUGUGCACGGCGGCAUCGCCCCUGACCUGAGCCUCGGUGUGGACGCCCCGUUCGAGCGGGAGCGGGCUUUCGGGAUCCGAGAGGCCAAACAGCCGCCCCCCGCGUUGCGGAGGCCCUCCGUGUCCUCGCAGACGCAGGCCUACGGGCAAAGCGGCUACUCCACACACACCUGGGUGUGCCAGCAGCAGAUUGUGGCCGCCCAGCAGUACAGCUUUGCUCCCGACGGGGAGGCCAGGCUCGUCGGCCGUGGCCCGGAGGACGGGUCCGGCCUGCUGCAGGCCCAGCCCCAGGUUCCGGUCACCCCCACCCGGGGGACUGGCAGCAGAGCGGCCCCGCAGAGGAGCGUGGGCCCUGGGCCCCACCUCCCCGAUGCACAGCGGCCCCCUCCCGGCAAAGCCUUCAAGCCCAGGUUUCCAGAUGUCAGGGUCCUGAACGGGACUGGACCGGAGCCUGGCGUGGACCCCUCCCCGGGCUCGCCCACCCUGGACAUCGACCAGUCCAUCGAGCAGCUCAACAGGCUCAUCUUGGAGCUGGACCCUACCUUUGAGCCCGUCCCCACCCACAUGAACACACCGGGCAUCCAGGCCAACGGCCCCAUGCCGCCCGACAGCCUGGGAGGCAGGCUGUGGGACGCGGGAGAGGGCCCCGGCAGGGCCCUGGUGCGGCAAGGCUCCCCAGGGGACGAGCCACCGGGUGGAAGAUUCCGGAAGCUCAGCCUCGGGCAGUAUGACAACGAUGGUGCGGGGCAGCCGGCCUUCCCCAAGUGUGGAUGGGGAAAGACCCCGGGUGCGGAACAGGCCGUGAGCCUGGCGCCUUUCCUGUCCCCGGCGGACGCCAAGGAGACGGUGGCUGCCGCGUACCCCCCAGACCCCGAUGGGAUCAGUGGCAGGAACUUCUCUCCAACCAAAAGCGGCAGUGACUCACCCUCUCCCACGCCCGCGUUUCCCGUGUCUGCGGAAACACUGUAUGUGACGACGCCCCCGCGUUAUGCGCCGUUCAGCCCGCCCGGGUCGCAGACGGGCAGUGCCAGUGGUCUGUACAGAGGUGCUCACGAACCUCGAGGCUGCCCUGAGAUCCCGCAUCGCGCUGUGGGGAUGUCCGAGAGCCCCGUCGGGCCCAAAGCCGCGACACUCCGGGCUGACAUGCCGGCCGCGCCCUCCUCCUUCCAGCGGGCGUUCACGUCCAGCACCACCUCCAGCAGCAGCCCCGGCCAGCGGCGCGAGAGCCCUCCAUCCGCCGAGCUCCCAUGGGUGGAGAGCAGCCCCAAAGCCUCGCUGGCCCUGUUGGGGAGCGGCCGGCCGGCAGGAAGCGUCCUGGGCUCCGGCGAGUUCCCUGGCUCCAGCCUCGGCCCCGACAGCCCCGGGCGGCCCCACCUCCCACCCGCCGAGCUCCAGGCCCCUUUCCACAACCACCAGCUGUCCCUGGCGGAGCCACCUGAAGCUCUGGGCCCCCCGAGUGGCCAGGCCUUCCUGGGCUUCGGCACUGCCCCCGUGGGGAGCUGCCUUGCUCCUGGGGACGACCCCGGGGCCUUGCUGGUCCAUUCUCACGGAACACCCCAGGCCCCCAGCACCCCGCGGACGGCAGCAGCGGCCGGUGACAGCGGCUUCCUGUCCUCCAGUUUUCUCACGGUGACGCCGGGCCACAGCGGCCACCACAGUCCGCUGACCCUGCCCGGGCAGCCACCCCUACCCGAGAAGAAACGAGCCUCAGAGGGGGACCGGUCUUUGGGCUCAGCCUCCCCUUCAUCCAGCGGCUUCUCCAGCCCCCACAGUGGGAGUUCCAUGAGCAUCCCAUUCCCCAACAUCCUCCCGGAUUUCCCCAAGGCGUUGGAGCCAGUGGCACCCAGCCCAGAUAAUGCGGGUGAUAAACAUGUGUCCGUGAACUUUGUCCAAGACACAUCCAAAUUCUGGUACAAGGCGGAUAUCUCCCGAGAGCAAGCCAUCGCCAUGCUGAAGGACAAGGAGCCUGGGUCGUUCAUCGUCAGGGACAGCCACUCCUUCCGAGGAGCCUACGGCCUGGCCAUGAAGGUGGCCACUCCCCCGCCCUCCGUCCUGCAGCUGAACAAGAAAGCGGGAGAUCUGGCCAACGAGCUUGUGCGGCACUUUCUGAUCGAGUGUACCCCGAAGGGAGUGCGGUUGAAAGGCUGCCCCAACGAGCCCUAUUUCGGGAGCCUGACGGCUUUGGUGUGUCAGCAUUCCAUCACACCCUUGGCUUUGCCCUGCAAGCUGCUCAUUCCAGACAGAGAUCCGCUGGAGGAAAUAGCCGAUAGUUCUCCCCAGACGGCGGCCAACUCAGCCGCCGAGCUCCUCAAGCAAGGGGCAGCCUGCAACGUCUGGUACCUGAACUCGGUGGAGACGGAGUCCCUCACUGGCCACCAGGCCGUCCAGAAGGCCCUGAGCCUCACGCUGGUCCAGGAGCCGCCUCCCUUGUGCACCGUCGUGCACUUCAAGGUGUCCGCCCAGGGCAUCACCCUGACUGACAACCAGAGGAAGCUCUUCUUCCGGAGGCACUACCCCGUGAGCAGUGUGAUUUUCUGCGCGCUGGAUCCACAGGACAGGAAGUGGAUCACAGACGGCCCCUGCUCGAGAGUCUUCGGUUUUGUGGCCCGGAAGCAGGGCAGCGCCACAGACAACGUGUGCCACUUAUUUGCGGAGCAUGACCCGGAGCAGCCCGCCAGCGCCAUCGUCAACUUUGUGUCAAAGGUCAUGAUCGGCUCCCCUAAGAAGAUCUGAGCCCCUUCCCGCCAGAGACAGGAGGGGGGCCAGGGCGUCUGCCGGGUGGCAGCUGGUGAGCCUGACGCUGCAGCCCCAGGAGGGGAAGGGGAUCCCUCUCCGGCUUUAUAGAUCUGAGGACACAGCCCGCCCUCUCCUGCCUCCCCUGGAAGACUGCUCCCCACACACUCCUGCUGCCAGGUGCUUCCCGGGUGGAGGCAGUUGGGCACCUGCAGCGCCCACCUGGGCUCCACCGCGUUGGAAGGGGCCGUGUAAGGAAACGUGUUCCUUGCACGCCGGCGUCUGUGGGAAGGAGGGCGCCCGGCCCUUUGGUUGUGGCCCUGCGUGAGCAGCGGGGCCAUCGCCGGUGCAGAGGGCCCCGGUCCGUCCCGUGCCCCCGGGAGGAGACCUCUCUCCUCCACGACAGAGACGCUGGCUAACCGAGAAGGCUUUGCACGUCUGACGAAGGCUCGUGCAGGUCAGGCCCUUCCAGAACUCUGGGGAGGGGACAGUGCGAUGGCUGUGAGGACGGGGAGGUCACCCGAUGACGUCAGAGAGCCUCGGCCCAGCGGGCGGUGGUGGCCUCAGCCUCCUGCUCACACGCCGAGUCUGAGCGGCGCACUGGCCGCGAGAGGAGAAAGAAGAGGGACGUGAAAUGCCAUUUCAUGUAAUUUAUAUUCUGCUUAUGCCAAAUUAUUUAUGAUGACACUUUCCUGUUGCUGGACGGGACGGGUCCCAUCGCUGCGGGCCGCGGGGCUGAGCCCGUGUGGGUGCACAGGUGAUUGGGGGCCGCAGCCCCGACAGCCUCGACCGCCUGCAGCCUGAUGGUCGACGUUGCAUUUCCGGGCUGCGGGUGACGUCCCUUCUGGGGAGGAAGGUUCCGGAGGGUGGGUCACAUUUGGGUUUAGACUCGCCCCUCUGUGAGCUGCCGGCCACUCGUCCCGCCUCUGCGGCCCCCGUGGGAUCCUGUGUUUCUAGCGUCCUGAGCGGAGAGACAGGAGGAACAGCACGAGGCUCAGACCUUCCAGCCUGUUCUUGAGCUGAGGGCCGUUGCUCUGUACCACCUUGGAGACCAAGCCAGCUGUGCCGUUCGUGCCGAGGGCCCUGCGCAUCCCCCAGAGCGGGAGCUGGAAGGAAGGCCUGGUCUUCAGUGUAAGGCGCCUCUCGGCCCCGGGAGCUGCCCGCCCUGCCCGGCUCUACAAAGUCCAGACCAGCUCUUGAGCCUCCCAGAGUCGCUGGCAGCCACACAGGAGGGGGUGGGAGUGUGUCUCGUGAGGUCUCUGCUUUAAGCGGGUCAGAGACCGACGUGGGGCCACACGCAGCCCGAGUGCUCGAGCCCCCGUGGGCGCUGAGAAGGCGGACACGGUCCCCGGCUGGUCCAGUAGCUGCACCGAUCACAAGUGCCUCAUUUCUGUGCCAAAUGUUUGCCUUGGUCUUCGCGGACCUUCUCCGCCGACUCUUUGGGUGUCUCCCGGAAGCCCUGGUGGCCCGGUCCUUGGCAGAGGCCACUGGCAUCACAGCUUUCCCUUCGUGGCAGAAAUUCGGCCAAAGGGACCUGAGCCUGAGAUGGCUUCUACCCAGUUUGACCCAGAGACGGCAGCCCGGGUCCCAGGUCCUUCCGAUGAAGGAAGAGGGCUCGUUCAGAAAUCCGAGCAGGGGUGGGUGUGGGAUUUGGGAGCACAGGCCAUCAGAUGACCGAGGCAUCGGGGCCUCCUGUGCAGUCCCUGUCCGGAGCAUUCCAGAAGCCACACCCGCUUGCUUUUUGAACUGACUGGCCAGCUGCGGCUUCUCGCAGGGGUCAGGGCGUCAGGAAGUUCGCUCCCUCUCCGGAGCCAAGGGAAGCCAGUUCCAUGGGUUCUGGCAAGCUGGUAUGACAGAUUUCUCCCUGUUACACACCCGUUUCACAGAACAAGAUGAAUCCACAAACUGGGGGCUCAGACCGCGGGGAGCCCUGUCCCGCCCCCCCACGCAGGCCAGGGGUCACUCCGCGGAAGACGCUGUCCCUGACACCUGGCCUCCGGGCACCAGCAGGCACAGGGGUCCUGUCCUGGGGAGGUCACGAGGCCUGCCCCCCCACAGUGUCAUAGCCAGGGUCCUAUUAACCUGCUUGUUAACCGUAUGCUGUAUUCCUCCAGUGCUAACCUAUAACCACAUUAAGUCAAACCGAAUUCAAGGGUCUCCACGUGUAUCCCUGGCGUCCUAGACCUUACGUCUCCUUAUCUGCCUUACUAUUAGUGGGUAUUUUUACUUUUCUUACAUUGUAAAGAAUAUAUCCAGUAUGUAAAUGAAUGUUCUAUAAACCUUUGUAUAGUCAUUUUCUCUGCUUCUCAAAUAUCAUCUCUAUUCAGAGUAUAAUAAAAUUAUAAACAUGGCAAA